AUGAGGCCAGAUGAUGCCAACAUUGCUGGCAAUGUCCACGGAGGGACCAUCCUGAAGAUGAUCGAGGAGGCAGGAGCUAUCAUCAGCACCCGCCACUGUAACAGCCAGAAUGGGGAGCGCUGCGUGGCUGCCCUGGCCCGGGUCGAGCGCACCGACUUCCUGUCGCCCAUGUGCAUUGGUGAGGUGGCUCACGUCAGCGCUGAGAUUACCUACACCUCCAAGCACUCUGUGGAAGUCCAGGUCAACGUGAUGUCUGAAAACAUCCUCACAGGUACCAAAAAACUAACCAACAAGGCCACCCUGUGGUACGUGCCCCUGUCACUGAAGAAUGUAGACAAGGUCCUCGAGGUGCCCCCUUUCGUGUACUCCCGCCAGGAGCAGGAGGAGGAGGGCCGGAAGCGGUAUGAAGCCCAGAAGCUGGAGCGCAUGGAGACCAAGUGGAGGAACGGGGACAUUGUCCAGCCUGUCCUCAACCCAGAGCCGAACACUGUCAGUUACAGCCAGUCCAGCUUGAUCCACCUUGUGGGGCCUUCUGACUGCACCCUGCAUGGCUUCGUGCACGGAGGUGUCACCAUGAAGCUCAUGGAUGAGGUGGCUGGGAUCGUGGCUGCCCGCCACUGCAAGACCAACAUUGUCACGGCCUCUGUGGAUGCCAUUAAUUUCCACGACAAGAUCAGAAAAGGGUGUGUCAUCACCAUUUGCGGGCGCAUGACCUUCACGAGCAACAAGUCGAUGGAGAUUGAGGUCCUGGUGGAUGCCGACCCCGUGGUGGACAACUCCCAGCAGCAGCGGUACCGGGCUGCCAGUGCCUUCUUCACCUUCGUGUCCCUGAGCCAGGAGGGCAAGCCGCUGCCCGUGCCCCAGCUGGUGCCCGAGACAGAGGAUGAGAAGAAGCGCUUUGAGGAAGGCAAAGGGCGAUACCUGCAGAUGAAGGCGAAGCGGCAGGGCCAGGUGGAGCCCCAGGCCUAGACGCCUGCCUGGUGGAGACCCAGAGCGUCAGAUCCCUUAGGAGUUGCCCUUCAGCCACAAACCCAAUUUUCAUCGAGAGCUGGUGUCGUGUGAAGUAUUUGUAACGCAGUAUUAACCUCUACUCUGUCCUAAAAACCUAUACACCAAAGCUUAUUUAUAUAAUUCCAGUGUAAAUGCUACAGUGUUGUCCCCACACCCAGGGCCUUCCAUGGGACCCCGGAGAUCUUCUGUCAUUGUCAAGUAUGUGAGAAUCCAGCACCAUUAAUAAAGCUGCUGUUUGGCUGG